AUGGCAAAAAAUUAUUUCAGUGACACUUUCCAGUGGAAUUAUACCCCCAUGAAGCAAGAGCCUGAUAUUUUCGAAAUUGAUACAUGCUGGUCAAAUCCUGCCAAUUCAGAAAUAUUUUCAACCAAAAAGACGCAACGUCCGGAAUUGUUGAAUUUGAGUCAGGUCGAACCAAUACCCAUCAACAAUAACAAUACAGAUGACGACGAUGAUGAUGACAACUAUCCAUACCAGGCUUCGUUCUUAUUUGGUAAUAAUGAGAAAGGUAGCGGAAACAAUGCUUAUCCAAAUAAGCCCUCCAGAACAACAAGCGAGGAUGAAAUAUUCUCAUGGUUGAAAGAAUUUGAUAUCUUAAAAAAUUUAACCGCAAGUGAAGGUAAUUCGAAGCAGUUCUUAACUUCUCAAUUGGAUCAGAAACCCGAGGUUACCAAUAACAAUAUUAAUGUUAAUAAUAAUAGAAAUAAUGAAUAUUCAUACAUCACAAACAUUGAAAAUGAUCGGGUGUCUCCCCAAGUUACAGCACCUUCUUCUGUGGAUUCAGUAUUAAGCAAUGAUUGGUUAAAGCCUAGUACUAAUUUGGCGACCAUGCCGGUGGGGUUUUAUUAUGAGAAGGACCAACCGAAAGUCAGAGGUAGGAAACCAUCUAUAUUGCCCGAUGAUUCCAAGCAAUAUUUUUGUCAUCUUUGCAAGAAAAGAUUUAAGAGACAUGAACAUUUAAAGAGACAUUUUAGGACGAUUCAUUUGAGAGUGAGACCAUUUGAAUGCUCGGUUUGCCAUAAAAGAUUCAGCAGGAAUGAUAAUUUGAAUCAACAUGUCAGGAUACAUGAACAGCAACCGAUCAUGGAACCGAUUAGGAAAAGAUCGUCAGUUUGA